GACAGGACAGAAUGAGACCCCUCCCCGUGGACACAGCGAGUACUGCCGAUACAAUUCUAUUUUUUUUUCUUGGCUAUAUAGUAGCCACGAACGCAUCUAGAAACACGAAAUGUCUGGAGGAGGAUUGUUGCAACUUGUCGCCUUUGGUGCCCAGGACAUGUACCUGACCGGCAACCCCCAGAUCACUUUCUUCAAUGCCGUCUACCGCCGCCACACCAACUUUGCCAUGGAGUCCAUGGAGCAGACCUUCUCGGGCACUGCUGAUUUCGGCCGCAAGGUCUCGUGCCUGGUUGCCCGCAACGGCGAUCUGAUCCACAAGUCGUAUCUGCAGGUCACCCUGCCCCAGCUCACCGGCAAUGCCUCGCAGUCCGGCGGUGCAUCGGGCCCGCAGACCGUCUGCUGGACCAACAACAUUGGCCACGUCAUGAUCGACAACAUGACCGUCGAGAUUGGCGGUUCCAUCAUUGACCAGCACUACGGCCAGUGGCUCACGAUCUACUCUGAGCUGACCAUGCCCGAGGAGAAGGUCCACGGCUACAACGUCAUGAUCGGCAACACCGAUGUUCUCACCACCAAGGCCACCACCAUCCCUCAGACCGAUAUCUACGUCCCUCUGAUCUUCUGGUUCAACCGCAACCCUGGCCUGGCACUGCCUCUGAUUGCCCUGACCUACCACGAGGUCAAGAUCAACAUCCAGUUCGUCCCCAUCCGCAACCUGUACAUCACCUCGGACAACACCCCUCUCCAGAACGAGCCCUCGAUGGUCGACUCGACCCUGUACAUUGACUACAUCUUCCUGGACCAGGACGAGCGUCGCAUGAUGUCGCAGCAGAACCACGAGUAUCUGAUUGAGCAGCUGCAGUUCCAGGGCGCCGAGUCCUUCAACAACUCGGCCGUCCGCCAGAAGCUCAACUUUUCGCACCCGUGCAAGGAGCUGGUCUGGGUCAUCCAGAUGGACGACAAUGUCCUCAACCAGGCCAACCGCUGGACCGACUUUACCACCUCGGGCACCAACUCCUCGCUGUUCUGGCAGGGCGACGAUCCGCUGGUCGAUGCCAAGAUCCAGCUCAACACCCACGACCGUAUCACCACCCGCACUGCUCCCUACUGGAACCUCAUCCAGCCCUACAACCACCACACCCGCAUCCCCUCGACCGGCAUCUACCUGUACUCGUUCGCGCUCAAGCCCGAAGAGCACCAGCCCUCUGGAUCGAUCAACAUGUCGCGUAUCGAGGGCACCACCCUGCAGAUGACCCUCGCCACCGGCACCUCCUCUGUCCGCUCGUACGUCUAUGCCGUUAACUAUAACGUGCUGCGUGUUACUAGCGGACUUGGGGGAUUGGCAUAUUCAAACUAGUUUAGGCUAAAUGCUGCCUCUCCACGGUCCACUGCAGUUGAGGUUUGGACUUGUUGGAGCUGGAGGUGUGUGGUUUUCAUGGAGUGGCAUGGAGCGCGUUACGCGGGGAAGUAAGCCAUCGAUCCCGGUUGAGGCAUAAACCAGGACGAGCCAAAUGACACACAAACACAGAAUGGUGUGCUCUCAGAACACACCAUGGACAAGUCGUUUGGGUGAUGAAUACAUCGUUUUAUUGAUACCAUUGGU